AUGUCAAAACAAGACAGCGCCAACAUCUCCCCGCUCCACCGGCAACUGGUUAAACAGCGCGCCGUCAUCGUCACCAAAGAUCCCAAGCUGCAUCUAGUCUGGAUCCACAAUCGAAUCUUCAUCAAGCCGCUGCCCCGGUACAUCGUCUCGUAUGCAUUCUGGCGGGACUACAUGGGUGGCGAUGGGGAAGAUGCCCACGAUAUCCGCAGGGCAGCCUUGGGCUAUCUCCGUACAUGGCUGUACCUGGUGAGGUACGAGUCCGACUUUCGCAUCGCCCAAGACCCCAGCCUGCACCUCAUCCCGCCCGACAUCACAUGGGACCAGUUCUGCCGUUUUGUAUCCGAUCUGACCACGAUUGCCGACCACGACGUCCCUACACGCUAUACCUAUGGCGAGAUUCGAUUGACGAGGCUUAACUUCUACGCUCCAUUCCUACUUCGAAAGGCGUACUUCCAGCGUGUUGAUUAUCAAUACGGGACAUACUUUGCUCGGUUUUAUGGGCCGGUUUUAUUCGUUAUUGGCGCGGUGUCACUUAUUCUGAGUGGGCUACAGGUUGCCAUUGCUGUCGAUCAAGGUCAUCCCGAUAAGGAGAAUAAUCAGUUGCUCUCAACUGUGGCUUUCUGGAAGCAGCCGUUCAGCGGCUCGCUGAUGCUCCCGCUGAUCGAGGUCAACGGGCCGUCCUGGCGCAUUAGCUUUGCCGUCCUGGACGCGGACCGGCUCCUAGUCUCGGACCAUGCGAUAGGCUCGACGGACCAGAUGUCCGACUGCUAUGUCAGCUUCAAAUAUCACAUCGGGUGGAAAUCUACUGGGUUAUAG